UAGUUUUUAAAGCAAAACAUCGUAGGCCCAGUCCCAGGCCCAAACCCUCCCUCACCGGCCAGUCGGCAACCCAAGCGCCCGCCGCUCUCCUCCAGCCCUCGCCGGACGUCCACGCGCGAGCUCGUCGUUGGUGUCGUUUCUACCGUCAGGUUCCCAUCUCGCUUCCCCACCCGCUCCUUUCUCCCCCGCCCUCGCCUCCUCCUGCGGCGACAGCUUCCCUAGCCCCCUUCUUAAGAAUCUUCUAGACGCGGACCGAAGGACCCGGCCGCCAGCCGCAGCAUCCGUUGGUGAAGGCGAAGUAGGCAGGCUCGGGUUCUAGGGGCGACCUUGCUGGCCCGGUAUGGACCAGAGGAAGGCCAUCUUCCGCGCGAAGCUCCGCGAGACGAAGGAGAAGCAACAGCGGCGCAUCGACCCCGCGCUCGUCAGGUAUAACGAAUUUGACCAGCCCAUAUGCAGAGUAUGCAAUAUUACACUGAAGUCUGAAGCACUUUGGCCUGCACACCAAGUGUCACGGAAGCAUCAUGAAGCAAAAGCCGCCGCUGCUGAUAAGGCUACAACACUUACAGGGUCUAGAGGCAGCAAUGCAAAGCUAGAGCAACCAUUGGAGCCUCAGGAACGAAAAUCAUCCACACUACCUACCAAGUUUUUUGAUAAUCAGGGAGCUAAAAGGAAAAGUGAUGAUACUAUAUCUGAGGGAAGGUCUGUGCGCCAUGAAGUUGCUGUUAUUCAACCGAAGACCAUAGGAGCAAGCACUGAUAAAUCAUCUGUUCGGAUGGAUCAAAUGUCAAAGAAAGGGAGUCAAAGCAACACCAAUGUCCAAGGAAUCCUUCCAGGGAAUUUUUUUGACUAUGGAGAAGAUGAAGCUUCAGCUCCAGCUCCAAAAGAGCUUAGUACAUCUCAAAUUCACACUAAGGUGAAAGGUGUCCCUGAUGGCUUCUUUGAUCACAAUAAAUCUAGCAGUGGCAUGCAACCCAAUGAACCAAGUUCAGAAGCUGCUCAAGUAAUAGGAUCGUUGCCUGAAGGUUUCUUUGAUAACAAAGAUGCAGAUCUCCGUGCACGCGGUAUCCAACCUCAAAAGGUUGACAUGAAUGAUGCGUACAAAGAAUUUGAGAAGGAAAUUCAGGAGGAUUUGCAGGAAGUUGAUGACCGCCUUGAAGAAGAGGAGAUUGAUGCUGCUGCUGAGAGGGAGGAGUACUUGACUCUAGAGCAACAGGAGUACAGGCAGCAGGUUGAUAUGUUGAAGAAACAGCUAGUAGAGUCGAAAGCCGCCCGUACUGCUAGAGUAAAUAGAAAACCUAUCGGUAUGGACUCGGACUCCAGCAGUGACUCAUCGAGCGAUGAAGAGGAUGACAACACAGAUUUUGCUGUUGAUUGGAGAGCACAGCAUUUGAAAUGAUGGAAACAUUUUGCAAGUGUAUACACCGGAGUUGAGUCUUCUGACUACCUGGACCGACUGGUGAAUCCCUUGACUGCUUGAACUUGGCUGUUGCUUAACCUGUUCCGAGAAAUUUUACACGUUGUCUCCGAUUUUUUAACAUACGACUUAGGAGUACAUGUUAAACAAGCUAUCUGCCUCUAGAUCACGAUCCAGUCAGAUAUUUGCUCGUGCAUUUCAAUCUUCUGCUGUCGUCACAAGGAUAUCUGACAUCUCAAUUGGUUGGUACUUGGUUGUUGGAUGGUUGAAGGGACGCCUCCGCCUGUGAAGAUUGGCUGGCUUGUGCAUGCUUCAACGCUUGUGCUACCAGCUAGUACAGGGCUUGUGUCUAUCUUCUGUCCAAGUGACUGUGGCCUUGUUUGUUUUUUUUAAAAAAACCGUACUCUGGUGGGUUUUGAUGUACUCCCUCCGUUUCUUUUUAUUUGUCGCUGGAUAGUGCAAAAUUAUACUAUCCAGCGACAAAUAAAAAGAAACUAUCCAGCGACAAAUAAAAAGAAACGGAGGGAGUAACAGGGACGGAGCAAGAAAAUACAAAUGAUGAUAAUCAGUUGUUAAAGGGGGUAAAAUCAAAUAUUUUCAUCA